AUGGUAUAUAAGCCUGGAGGAGGAGGAGGACUGGCCUAUCAAUAUAGCAGCCGUAAUAAUAAUAAUAAUAAUAGUGUCAAACAAUAUAACAGUGCCGUCUAUGAUGGCAACAACAAUGAUGAUGAAUACUCGGCCAGUAGUAGUAGUAGUAGUAAUAGUAAUCAUGUUAACAAUAAUAGGCAUCAAUUGAUGGCCAUCUCAUAUCGUGAUAAUGAUGAGCCUAAAUCCCUGAGCUAUCAAUCGGACUAUAAUGAGACGCCAAUGCCUUAUCAGUUUCAUUAUGAUAUCGAUGAUGGAUAUGGCAAUAAACAGGACAGACACGAAAAAGCCGAUGUUUACGGGAAUGUUAUCGGAAGUUACGGCUAUUGGGAUUCAAACGGAAUUUAUCGAAAAGUAGACUAUACGGCCGAUGCCGACGGUUUCAAAGCCAAUGUCAACUCAAACGAGCCGUACCUCAGACACGGUGUCAAUCCGGCAGACGUCAGACUUGUCGUUGAGGAACAACCUAUUCCAGGUGUACUAAGACAGUCGUCAUCGACAGCUACCGGUGCUAAUGGUGAUGGUAGUGGUGGCUAUGAUCGUAAUCUAAACUAUCGACGCAAUGAUGGUGUAGUUGUCGUCGAUGAUGCUGUAGUCGACAAUAAUCAAAACAGAUAUGAAAAAUUGUUAAGCAAUCAGAUCAGGGAUGUUAUCUAUAUGAGGGCACCGGUAGAUACAAUAACAACAUCAGCAGCAGCUACCGCUAGAUUACAAGCUACCGGUGAUCAUGAAUCCAAUGCUAAGUAA